AUGCAAGCCACCCCCCUUGCUGCUCCUGCAGACGCCCCCUCCAGGAAGAAGCGGUUGGAGUUGGACGACGACUUGGACACCGAGUGUCCCAUCCGGAAACGAGCUCGAAGUGUGCCCCAGCCCAGGCCACCCCGCUGCCUGCUGCCCCCGAGCCCACCCCCUGCUCCAGAUCGUGCACCUGCUGUGGCCACUGCCUCCCAGCUUGGGCCUUAUGUCCUCCUGGAGCCCGAGGAGGGCGGGCGGGUCUACCGGGCCCUGCACAGCCCCACAGGCACCGAGUACACCUGCAAGGUGUACCCCGCUCACGAGGCCCCUGCGGUGCUGGAGCCCUACGCACGGCUGCCCCGCGGCGACCACGUGGCCCGGCCCACCGAGGUGCUGGCGGGCCCCCAGCUCCUCUACACCUUCUUCGCUCGGACCCACGGGGACAUGCACAGCCUGGUGCGCAGCCGCCGCCGCGUGCCCGAGCCCGAGGCCGCUGCACUCUUCCGCCAGAUGGCCGCCACCCUGGCGCACUGUCACCAGCACGGUCUAGUCCUGCGUGACCUCAAGCUGCGUCGCUUUGUCUUCACCGACUCUGGGAGGACGAAGCUGGUGCUGGAGAACCUGGAGGACGCCUGUGUGCUGACCGGGCCAGACGACUCCCUGUGGGACAAGCAUGCCUGCCCGGCCUACGUGGGACCCGAGAUCCUCAGCUCGCGGGCAUCCUACUCGGGCAAGGCGGCUGAUGUCUGGAGCCUGGGUGUGGCGCUCUUCACCAUGCUGGCCGGCCACUACCCUUUCCAGGACUCAGAGCCUGCCCUGCUCUUUGGCAAGAUCCGCCGAGGGGCCUUUGCCCUGCCUGAGGGCCUCUCAGCUGCUGCCCGCUGCCUGGUCCGCUGCCUCCUUCGACGGGAGCCAGCUGAGCGACUCACAGCCGCAGGCAUCCUGCUGCACCCCUGGCUGCGGGAGGACCCGAUCCCUUCAGCCCCAUCCCGAUCCCACCUCUGGGAGGCUGACCAGGUGGUCCCCAAUGGACAGGGGCUGGAGGAGGCAGAGGAAGAGGAGGGAGAAAGAGAGGUAGAUCUAUAUGGCUAGGGCCACCUUACUUGACUCUCAGCUACAAACAGUGGAUUGCGUUUGGGGUGUCCCCAAGCUUUCUCCUGCUACUUUGAACUGAGCCAAACCUUAAGUGCCUUCUAGGAGGGAGAAAGGAAGCCUGUGCAAGUGUGCUGUGUGCUCACCUGUGUGUUCUACACACACACAAGGCCUGCUUGGGCGCUUCCUGUGUGCCAAGCUCUGUGCUAGGUGCCAGGAACACAUCAGUGAGCAAAGGAGACAAAACUCCCUGCUCACAGAGC